UUUCAUCACUGACAGUUUUACCCAAACGGCAAAAAACAUAAAACCCAACUUCCAACUUCCCCUUUUCUUCGGUAAAACAAGGAAAAAACUUUGCUCUUUCUAUAUGUCUUUUCUUUAAUUUAUAUGAUGUGAUUCUCAAAUUCAAUUCUUAUUAUCUACUGUAUUUUAUAUCCAUUUUCUUCUCUUUCUCUUUUUUCCGUGUUAUCAUAUUCCAAACACAGGAGAAAGAGAAAGAGACAGGUUCUUUUUUCUUCAACAAGUAUCAUAUCAAAUUGCCCAGAAAAGAACAAAUAUACUCCAAGAAAUGUUAUUGGUCUUCUUAACUAUUAUAAAAUAUUAUUAGGAACAGUGUAUAUCACAUAUUAUCAAGAUUGUAAAUUUAACCAUAAUAAAAAAAACACAUCCAUUAGAGCAAUUUUAUUACGUUGCAUGUUUGACAUAGCAUGAUCAUCAGGUGCACCAAUAUAUAGAGAAAAUUACGUUUUAUGUCUAUUGGGAGAAAAUAUUUACGUGAAUUUGAGAAAGAAAGAAUAGAGAAAAUGGAAGAGAGGAAUAUUUUUGUAUCGGCGAGGUUAAGGCCAUUGAAUGAGAAAGAGAGAAAUGACGAUGUUUCAGAUUGGGAAUGUAUCAAUGACACAACUAUUAUCUACAACAUUAGUUUUUCUCCAUCUGAACGUUUAAUGUAUCCCUCUGCAUAUACCUUUGACAGGGUAUUUAGCAAUGAUUGCUCUACAAGACAGGUUUAUGAAGAAGCAGCUAAAGAAGUUGCUCUUUCAGUUGUCAAAGGAAUCAAUUCAAGUAUUCUUGCCUAUGGCCAAACAAGCAGUGGAAAGACCUACACUAUGACUGGAAUAACUGAAUAUGCCAUAGCAGAUAUCUACGAAUACGUGCAGAAGCACGCAGAAAGAGACUUUGUUUUGAAGUUUUCUGCUCUGGAGAUAUACAACGAAUCUGUCCGAGAUCUUCUUAGAGAGGAUAACACUCCACUCCGACUUCUAGAUGAUCCAGAAAGAGGGACUGUUAUUGAGAAACUCACCGAGGAAACAUUGAGGGAUUGGAACCAUGUGAUUCAUCUCCUUUCUAUUUGUGAAGAUCAGCGACAGAUUGGGGAGACUUCCUUGAAUGAAACAAGCUCCAGAUCUCACCAAAUCAUCAGACUGACAAUUGAAAGUUCUGCCAGUGAGCACUUGGGCAGGGACAACUCGAGUAACCUUUUAGCUACUUUGAAUUUUGUCGAUUUGGCUGGAAGUGAGCGAGUAUCUCAGUCGUUGGCAGCUGGUAUAAGGCUGAAAGAAGGCUGUCACAUAAACCGCAGCUUGCUGACCCUGGGCACUGUUAUUCGUAAGCUAAGCAAGGAUAAGACUGGUCACAUUCCUUUCCGGGAUUCAAAGCUAACCCGGAUAUUACAACCAUCAUUGGGUGGUAAUGGUAGAACUGCCAUCAUCUGUACAAUUAGCCCUGCACGAAGUCAUGUUGAGCAAUCAAGGAAUACUCUACUGUUUGCAAGUUGUGCCAAGGAAGUAACUAUUAAUACCCAAGAGAAUGUAGUCAUGUCAGAUAAAGCAUUAGUGAAGCACUUGCAGAGGGAGUUGGCAAGAUUGGAAAGUGAGUUAAGGUAUCCUAGGGCUUGUAUAUUCCCUUCAGAUUACGAAGCGUUACUGCAAGAGAAGGACCAUCACAUACAACAGCUGGAGAAGGAGAUAAAGGACUUACUUUUGCAACGGGACAUUGCUCAGAGUCAAAUUAAAGAUCUGCUGAAACAGCUUGGAGAUGAUGUAAAACAGGUUAGUUUUGGACACUACCCAAAUUUGCGUGUGAAGAGAUCACCAGAUUAUCAAAGCCCAAUGCAACAGAAUUCCAUUUUGAGAGACCCUCGUUACAUAGAUUUAGAUGUUAGAGCACGUUCAAUUGGACAUAGCAGGUGUAGCUCUGAGGAUCAGUUUAUACACGUGCCAGAGUUUGAAGAAACCAUCUUCCGCAACAAUACAUUUCCAAUGCUAUUAGUUGGCAGUUCAAAUAAUAGCAGAAGUGAUUCAUGUCAGGGAUGGGAUGAAGCUGAAAAGCAAAGUAAUGAGACUUCUGAGGAUCUAUGCAAGGAAGUUCGUUGCAUUGAAACAGAACAAUCGAGUGUGAAGGGAACACAAGAAUUCAAUUAUUCAUUUCUUGAAAACGGUGUCUUUCCAACUUUCGUAACCACUAUAAAUGGGGAGAAAACAAAUCAAGGAACAAUAUCACCUCUUUACAACAUGAACAGGAGAUCGGUGACACCUCUACAAAAGCAAAAUGGGGAGUUGAAACCAUCGGCCUUUAAAGAUGACCAGGAAUCAGUGUCAUCAUCCUUUUUCGAGGAAGGAAGGAAGUCCCAUAGAGAUUCAGUUUCAUUUCCCUUAAGGUUUGAGCAAGCCCUUGAAUCACCAAAGUGCAAGAAUGACAAAGAGCCCGUGUCAUUGCUGUUAAAAAAAGAGAAAGAAGAGGCAAAAUUAGUUUUUGUUCAUUCCUCAAAUGCCCCUCCAGAAAAAUUAUCCUCACCAUGUGAUCUCAAUGGUGAUUUAUCAUCCAAUAGAAAUUUGAAGUUAUGCAGAAGUACAAGUUGCAAAGCUAGCCUAAUCACUGAUCGAUAUUCUCCAUACUUAAAGGAAUCCAACAGAAACAAAAAUACACCACCAUCUGAUUCAGAAAGAAACUUCAAUUCAAGACCUCAGGAUUCAGAAAUAAGAAUGUCUCCCCUGAACCAUGGCUCUGAUGUUAAGUGUUCUUCAGGAAAUGAUUCCACCUUUCAUGCAGAGAUUGCUGUCAAUACUGACCUUGAAGCUCCAAAAAGAAAACCUUUAACUGAUGAGGAUGUCAAUGAUGCUGAUGGUGCAUGCAAUGCAAGGACAAACAAAAUGGAUGAGCUUCAACAUGAAACGGAUGUCAAAGAUAGUCAGGUUCAGGAGGCUGAACCAGAGCUCGAUAAACCUUCAACGAGUACCUUGAGAGGUGUUGAUCCAGCAGAUGAUGAUUACAGAAGUCGUUAUAGUUGGCCCGCCGAAUUCAAGAGACUUCAAAAAGAGAUUAUUGAACUUUGGCAUGCUUGUAAUGUCUCCUUGGCACACAGAACUUACUUCUUCCUCCUUUUUCAAGGUGAUUCCACAGAUGCUAUAUACAUGGAGGUUGAGAUUAAAAGAUUAACCUUCCUCAAGGACACAUUUUCACGUGGAGAGAAAACCGUUGUCAAUGGUAGGACCUUGUCACUUGAAGGAAGCAAGAAAGAUCUUCGAGAAGAGAAACGGAUGUUGAGCAAGCAAAUUCAGAAAAAGUUAAGUGAAGCAGAACGAGAAAGCCUAUACAUUAAGUGGGGCAUAGGGAUCAAUAGCAAAAGAAGAAGGUUACACUUGGCUGAGAAAUUGUGGAGUAGUAAAGCAGAUGAUAUGAACCACAUUACUGAGAGUGCCUACUUAGUAGCUAAGUUGGCUGGGUUGAUGGAGCCAGGAAAAGCCCCUAAGGAGAUGUUUGGACUUGAAAUUCCAGGAACAAGUAGAAAUUAUAGUUUUAAAACAGGCCUCAAGUCUCUUUUGUAAUACUUGGUGAUAUAUAUAGGUUGAGCUUAAUUUUCUCCGGUUCUUUUGUUUUAUGCUAAUUGUAAUGAGUUUUAGUUUUGUACAAGAGGCCUAAAUUAAUAUUACUGAUGAUUGGAGAAAGUGUAACAUAAUAAUGCCAUUUCCUUUAGGGGAAAUGACAAAAACGACACUUCAAACUAAACUAUUUUCACGAAAAUAGCCAUGGAAUUUAAAUUUCACUUUCUAGUC